AUGGAGUCCGUUAUGACAGAAAAAUCAAGCGAUAGGAUUAAUAAUGCUUUGGCAACACUGAGGAGCGAAAUGCUUGACCUCAGACAACAAGAUAUCAAGUUGAUGAAGCAACUUGUGUCCAUCAAUGAUAGCAUCAAGUCAUUGACUAAACGGAGAUCAAACCCAGGCAGACCAAUGAAAAAGAAAUUUUCCUUAGUUAAAGGACGACGAAAAUUCAUCAAUCUGAAUGAAUCUAUUCCCGAAGAAGAUUCCAGUUCAGACAGCGAUGAUAGUCUGUGCAGUACCGAGAAUGACAUGUAG